AUGCCAUCUUCUCUACUCCCGAUUGCCCCUGAGCUCUCUAGAUCUUUCAAAUACCAAGAAUAUGCCCGACAUAAUUGUGAUUCCAAUCGACCUAUCAGGAAGGCAGCCUGCAACCAAGAGGGCAAUCAGAUUUCAUCUGAACAGUUUCCAUCGGACCGAUGCUUUGAAGUGCGCCCCUCGACAAAUGGGGUCGGCAUGUUUGCCAUUAAAGAAAUCGCUAUCGGUGACAUAAUCAUUGAUUCUGAGGCACCGAUUGUUUCUACUAGUUUGUCGCUAUUUCCCGCUACUACAAGACGAAUAAUGGUUGCGGCAGACAACAACGACGGCAAUGAUCGAAUUGAAGAGACCUAUGUGGAGAAGGUGAAUGAUACAACUGGGUCGCAUAAAGAAGCCGAAAGACAGGACGAAGAAAACAACGUUGGCCAGUAUGAGGACUUAUGUUAUGAAAGGUCUAUGCUGAAACCACCAUUCUGUCAAACAUGUGGAACUCCCAUCGGCAACUUGCGACAGGACCACUUGAAAGCACCUCUUCAUCUCGAGCUACCUGGUAUCGAGAAGAGUAACGUGGGCCUUGUUUUUACAUUUGACAAGCGGGAUGGUGUGGACGGAAAGACAUCAAAGAAGAUACCAGAGCAGGACGAAGACAAGGAUUGCAAAGAGAAAGUGAAUGAGGAUCAUUGGAAUUCAACAUGUCAAACCUUUCGAUCUCCCUACCAUCCGCAUGUUGCUUGGUGCUCUCAAGUCUGCUGGGAAAGGGGCUACGACUUGCACGCAUGGCUGUGUUGCAUUCAAAAGGUACCACCACAGAUGAGCCAAGAGCACAGAAAAAAGCUCAAGACCACUGAUAAGAUGAGUAAGCAUGUCGAUCACAUGGCAAACAACACCAACAAAGGCCACCAAAGAAAAGAGCCUUCUUCAGAAUCUAGUCGACGCCUGCAAAAGUUUUUGGAGGAACGUGAUAAUCCAAAGAUCUUUGAAUUGGCAGUCCACGCGGCCUUGCUCGUUUUGUCAUUGACUUUCAGAGAGGAACAUCGAAAAGAGAGAAGCGCGGAACAGGAAAUCCAGAAUCAAAAGACGCCCAGCUAUAACUACUUGUGGUGGGAAGAUUAUGGAUCACAUCCUUUCUGGUGGGCAAUAGGUGCCAAGGAGAACCGAAAGGACCGAUUCGAUAGUGCUCAAGAGUUUGCGGAUAUUCUUAGAGAUUGGUCUGAAGAGCGAAUCUUCUUGAUGAAAGGGAUCGAAAAGGAAAGAUACAAGCAAGGCACGGGACAUGGACUGGGAAAGAAAAAACGAAGACGACCCCAACUGGAAAGUUCUCAUGUCUCGUCAGAAGCCACAGUACUAGAUGCGAAUAGCACAGACUACCGUCAUAAGAUACUGCUCUCUCCAGAUGGCAUUUCUGUGAAUAACAUUGGUGCGCUGUUGGGUAUGUUGCAGUGUAAUGUGAUGGAGUUUUCCUAUCCCUCGCCGCUCGAACAGUAUAUGGAACAAGCAGAACAGUUUAUGGAUGAAGAACAUUUGGCAAUCAUCGAAUCAUCAUCGAGUGCCGAUUGCCACGAUGAGAGCACGAAUGACCAUGAUGAUGAUGAAACCGAUCAAGUCGAUACCACAAGGCAUAGCGAGUGGGUACUUGGCUGCCGUUGGCUCAGGAAGAAGUAUUGGAAUGGUCCUAUAAAGGAGGAAGAUGCCCAAAGCAACGAAAGCUGCGCACUAGACAAUGGCAUGGAAUCGUCGCCCGAACCGGUGGUUGGCUCGGGAUUGUAUCCUCUAUUGACCCUCGCAAACCAUCACUGCAAUCCAAAUGCUUCCAUCGAAUUUCUUCGAGAAUCCAAUCUUGGUUCGAUGAUUGCUCUUCGUUCCAUAAAACCAGGAGAGGAAAUCUGCAUUACAUAUGUGCCGAAUGGUCGUGCGCAUCUGGAUCUUGAAGAUCAAAAUGAAGGUGGCAAUGACCAGGAGGUGGAGACAAAAAUUAGUGCUGGAACAGAAAGAGGUGUUGGCAAUACACAUGAUGGGGACUACUUCAAGCAUUUUGAACCAACACAGACUUGGAAGUGGUUGAAUAAUUCAAACCGAGAAGAAGAUGGUGACGAAAGUGAUGAUGACGAUGGCUACGAUUCUAGUGGCUCUGGGUCACACCAUGAAGAUGCCAGUGCCGAAGAAGGAUAUGAAAUGAGUCCCGGAGAUCGGAAUGACCUGAGCAGCUCGGAUCAACAAUUUGCAGGAGAUGAGAAACCAGAUGGCCAGUCGGCAUCCAGCGAAUUGGAGGAUGGAAGCAAUCCCAGACAACGAGCAAUGGCACUGUUAGAGUAUGGCUUUAUAUGCGCAUGCGCACGAUGCGAAAACGAAAAGAAACAAGAACAGCAUUAA